GCGACCUCGUCCUUCUUUUUCCUCUUGUCACACGCGUCCAACACAGCUGGACCCACUAGUAUGAAAUACGUGAGCAGUACUUGCUUGACGAACGCAUGGUUAUAACGCCUUACUCUGGGUUUGUUAACACACAAAAUACCCCAUCGGUUGCUGGCUCAGGAACGAACACUGAAUAAAUUCUCCUAUCCCUCCGGUCCGACUUGUUUUCCAGUGGUCUAUCCGAUGCCUCCUUUGUAAUUCAGAGAUCAUCGGUUCAAAUUUGCAUGGUUGCGGCUCGACAGUGUACCCAUCUCACGCUCGACUGGUGUUCAUGUGGGAGCGAAGCUUCUCUGAAGUUAUUUCACCUUCCCCUCGGACCAUUACACGCUACGUCUGGUAUGACUGUUAGGGGUCUACCGAAGCCUGGCUCCACAAUAUCUGCUCUGUUUGACGAUACUCGAUUGGAAGGUGAAGUACUUUGUGUAGAUAGCUCUCGUAAAAUAAUAGUUUUGCAGACUAGCUCGUCGACUGGACGGCGGGACACCUGUGACAUUGUCCUCACUAGAGCGGAGUUUCUGAGAGAUGUGAAGGUGCUCAAGGAAGGGGCGUUAUUGAGUUACCCGGAGCUCAACAUUAGCAAAAUAGCAGAUCGAAUCGAACGAAAUGAAAAGCUGCAACAGGAGAAACAGAAAUUUUAUCGACCUGGCGUCCCGCAGGAGGUCAGGGAGCUUGCGGAACAUAUAGAGAAAACGCUCUCUGACGUUAUUUGGGAUGAUCCAAAUAUUAUAGUCAUGGAGCACUCUGUAAUCAGUCCACCGUACAAAGAAGAAAAUGUGAGGUGCAGUUCUGAGUCUCAACAGGCGAAGUCUCAAGCCGAAUACGUACGCAAGAUUGUGAGUCGAUUUCACUUGGAUCGUUUUCAGGAUAACCGUUCAAAUGUAUGAUUUUGCGAAGAAACACAGUGUCCAAAUAUACCUACUUCGCCUUGA